UUUUUCUUUUCUUUUCUUUUUUUACUCUAUAUAGAGCAGACGUUCGACGAACACGAGUUUCUCAACAGCAACACGAAGAUUUCUCGAUUUGACUGCGUGAUCGGAACGUGCUAAGUUUCGAAGAAAUAUUGCUCCUUUGCAGCAUUUUUCUCCGAAAAAAAACGUCGAUCGAACGUGCUUUGGGGGGAUAUCGAAGGCAAACGAGAUAAUGAUCAUCGCGUAGAAAACAAUUGAUAAGCAAAUCGUUGUUGUUGCCUCGAAGAGAUUUACGUAUAUUCCAUAUUAGACGAAUGUUUCGCGAUUGAGGCUGAGCUUCUCGCCGUUCCGCAAAUCUGUCAAACGAAAAUCUCACGAGUAAAAUACUUGGCUGAAGUACUUGCACGUUUCUCGCUUCUCACGUUUGCCGAAAUCAGUUGAUCAUUUAUCGCAAGAUGCAUUUCGUCAAAGCGCAAAUGCCAAUACAGGCACCGCAGUGGACUGAAUUUCUUUCUUGUCCAGUUUGCUGUCAUGACUUCGAUGUGGCCAUACGUGGCCCAAUAUCCUUAGGAUGCGGUCAUACCAUAUGUCGUACGUGCCUUGCAAACUUACAUCGUAAACAAUGUCCUUUUGAUCAAAGUAUUAUCAAUACAGAGAUAGAAAGAUUACCAGUAAAUGAAGCUCUAUUGCAGUUAGUGGGAAAUCCUGUUCCGACGAAUGUGGCAACGGCUUAUCAGAAACUGUUACCACCUGAAGACCAUGCAAAUUAUUUGGUUGCUAAACGUUGUAUUGAGGAACUUGCUUUAUAUCUCAAACCAUAUCAGGCAAAUCCUUCUUUAGCUACAGGUGCAGGUCUUGUUUCUCGACCUAUGCAAAGGAAGUUGGUAACUUUAGUUGGUUGUCAAUUGGUCGAGCCAGAAGGAAGAGCACGUGCGGUAAGGGCAGCUAGAAGUUUGGGCGAAAGAUCGGUUACGGAACUAAUAUUGCAACAUCAAAACCCGCAACAACUUAAUGCUAAUUUAUGGGCUGCUGUAAGAGCUCGCGGAUGUCAAUUUCUUGGACCAGCAAUGCAAGAAGAAGUACUAAAACUUGUUUUAUUGGCUUUGGAAGAUGGAUCUGCUCUUUCUAGGAAAGUGUUAGUUAUGUUUGUAGUUCAACGUCUAGAAUCGCAUUUUCCUCAAGCUUCUAAAACCAGUAUAGGACACGUUGUACAAUUAUUAUACAGAGCAAGUUGUUUCAAGGUAUCUAAACGAGAAGGAGAUUCCUCAUUGAUGCAAUUAAAGGAGGAAUUUAGAACGUACGAAGCGUUGAGAAGGGAGCAUGAUGCUCAAAUAGUGCAAAUUGCGACUGAAGCUGGUUUAAGAAUAGCACCUGAUCAAUGGUCUGCAUUGUUGUACGGAGAUACAAGCCAUAAAUCUCAUAUGCAAAGUAUUAUAGAUAAACUUCAAACUCCUCAAUCUUUUGCUCAAAGUGUACAAGAGUUAGUUAUCGCUCUUCAACGUACUCCUGAUCCUGGACAAUUAAGUAGUUUAAGACCUCAGUUAGAAUUGCUAGCUGCAAUAGAUCCUAGCCCAGAAACUGAACCUCCUACGUUAGCAGAGUGUCGAGCAGCAUUAGAAGCUGUUAGAACCGUAGUUACAGCAUUAGUAGAAUUCAUUCAACAACAUGGUAGUCGGAAAACACAAGAUGGUACUCACACUGUUGGUCCUGGUCAACCGAAAUAUAAAGUGAGCAUGUGUCGAGAUCUUGCACUUAGAGGAUCUUGUCCUAGGUCUACUAAUUGUACGUUUGCGCAUAGUGACAUGGAACUAGAUAAAUCGAAAAGUCGAAAAUUAAGUCUCAGAUCAAGUUUACCUGGAUCCAAUAACUCGGACGUGAGGACAGAUAAAUCGGUUACAGGAUCUAAUAACAAGGCAUUCAAACAGAACGAUGAUUUAUCCUAUCAUUCCAUAAAGCCGCAUGAUAAUACUCACAGAGAAAACUUUAAUUCUAUGAACAAAGUUAAUCCAAUGCAACAUCAUAAUCCAACAAAUGAAAACAAUUUUAUCGGAUCAGUAACGAAUUAUAUGCUACCGUCACCUCAAGGGAUGUUACCUAUAGUACCGACAAAAAAUAUGGACGUACAUUGUUCUCAUUACAUUAUGCCUAAUACACCUAUCGAUUACACGGCACCUAAUGUCAGUAUCUGGGAUUCGUCGCAGAUUUCAUCUAAUAUGACAAAUGGAAUAUCUAAUACUAAAAAGCAGCGGACCGUUGCUAAAACAUUAGCAAUGUUACUACAACGUAGGAUGGAAAUAUUAAAUCAACUUGAAACGAUUGUUAAUAAACAAGUGCCACAAAUGAAAACAAAUUACGACAUGCAGGGAGAUACAUUGUCAUCGAAUUUCUCUAUAUGGACAAACACGCCAAAUAAUCCAAUGGUUUCUUCAACAAAUAUAAAUUGUAACAAUAAUUUCCGAUGCGCAGAUCCCAUUCUAUUUGAUGAUGAAUUUGUACCAUUUGAUGUAUCAUCUAAUAGUAAAUACGGACCAAUUUCUAAACUAUCCAAAAACUUAAUCAGAUCUUCUAAUGGCGUACAAUCUACUAAUUUUUAUGCGGAUAGUGGAGCACCUCCUAUAUCUGCUUAUCGACCUAUGUCAACUACAAAUUCUGUUACUUCUUGGUAUUAUGGUAAUCAACCUUAUGCUACUGUCGGUGCAAAUGGAGGAAUACAGUCUAUUAAUAAUAGUGGUUUCGGAGAUAAUUACAUUACAUUUGGUCGUAAUAUAUCCGAUACGUCAACGCACACUCAAUUUCCACGACCAGACUGCAUGUCUAAAGACUUGCUACACAAGGAGCGACUUUUACGGCGGGAGAAAGGUUAGCACAAGAAUUGCAAAUGAUUGAAGCUGGUAUCAGGGAAAAAGAAAAAGACGUACGAAAUUGGAGUCCAUAUGGUACCGUACCUUGGAUUCAAUCGUCGAACAAUUUACUUAGUUCUCAAAGUUUCCAUCAGAAUUAUAAGCCCGAAGAAGAAGAUACAUAUGAAGCAGGUAUUGCAAAUGAUAUGCGGGAAUUAGAAUUACGAUGGGAAUUUGAACUACAAGAACAGGAGAAACAUUGGUCAAACGAAGAAGAUAAUUCUAAAAAAUAAUAGUAAGAUAGUGGGUCUUACUACGUUGUUUACUUUUUAGAUCUGACCAUUAUUUGCUGAAACAUGUUUUUUUAACAUGUGCAAAUGAUUUUUUGUGCGAACUUCCAUGCAUCGGCAUGUUUAAAUUUUUUCAAAAAACAAAAAAAAAAAACCAAAAAAAAAAACAAAAAAAAAGA